GUCUCCUUCCACCUUCAGCCAUCUUUACAAUGUUAGGAGCCGUGGGACGCUGCUGCACCGGGGCUCUGCAGGCUCUCAGGCCCGCGGGCCAGCCCUUCAAAGCCCUCGUUGGAUCCCCAGCCGUCCUUUCCCGCAGAGACUAUGCUGCUCCCGCCGCGGCUGCCGCCACCGCCAACGGCCGCAUCGUGGCCGUCAUCGGUGCCGUGGUGGACGUGCAGUUCGACGAGGGCCUGCCCCCCAUCCUGAACGCCCUGGAGGUGGCCGGCCGCGAGGCCCGGCUGGUGCUGGAGGUGGCUCAGCAUCUGGGAGAGAACACUGUGCGCACCAUCGCUAUGGACGGUACCGAGGGUCUGGUCCGUGGACAGAAGGUUCUGGACACUGGUGCCCCCAUCAGAAUCCCCGUGGGCCCAGAGACGCUAGGCAGGAUUAUGAAUGUGAUUGGCGAGCCCAUCGACGAGAGGGGUCCCAUUUCUACCAAACAGACUGCCCCCAUCCACGCUGAAGCCCCUGAAUUCACCGACAUGAGCGUGGAGCAGGAGAUCCUGGUUACCGGCAUUAAGGUGGUGGACCUGCUGGCCCCCUACGCCAAGGGAGGAAAGAUCGGUCUCUUCGGCGGCGCCGGUGUCGGCAAGACCGUGUUGAUCAUGGAGCUGAUCAACAACGUGGCCAAGGCCCACGGUGGUUACUCGGUGUUUGCCGGUGUGGGAGAGCGAACCCGCGAGGGCAACGACUUGUACCAUGAGAUGAUUGAGUCUGGCGUCAUCAACCUGAAGGACACCACCUCCAAGGUGGCGCUGGUGUACGGACAGAUGAACGAGCCCCCAGGCGCCCGCGCCAGAGUGGCCCUGACCGGACUCACCGUGGCUGAAUACUUCCGUGACCAGGAGGGGCAGGACGUGCUGCUCUUCAUCGACAACAUCUUCCGCUUCACACAGGCCGGCUCUGAGGUGUCUGCCCUGCUGGGUCGUAUCCCCUCUGCUGUGGGUUACCAGCCCACUCUGGCCACUGACAUGGGAACCAUGCAGGAGAGAAUCACCACCACCAAGAAGGGCUCCAUCACAUCUGUGCAGGCCAUCUACGUGCCCGCUGAUGACUUGACUGACCCCGCCCCUGCCACCACCUUCGCUCACUUGGACGCCACCACUGUGCUGUCCCGCGCCAUCGCUGAGCUGGGAAUCUACCCCGCUGUGGAUCCCCUGGACUCCACCUCCCGUAUCAUGGACCCCAACAUUGUGGGAUCUGAGCACUACGAUGUUGCCAGAGGUGUACAGAAAAUCCUCCAGGACUACAAGUCCCUCCAGGACAUCAUUGCCAUCCUGGGUAUGGAUGAGUUGUCUGAGGAAGACAGGCUGACCGUGGCUCGCGCUCGCAAGAUCCAGCGUUUCCUGUCCCAGCCCUUCCAGGUGGCCGAGGUCUUCACCGGCCACAUGGGCAAGCUGGUGCCCCUCAAGGAAACCAUCAAGGGCUUCCAGAGCAUCCUCGGUGGCGAGUACGAUGCCCUGCCCGAGCAGGCCUUCUACAUGGUCGGCCCCAUCGAGGAAGUGGUUGAGAAGGCUGCGAAGCUGGCAGAGGAGCACUCGUAAAACAUCUGAACUAUCUUUAAAAAGAGAAGAGGAGGAAAAUUAAAAAACAAAAAAAAACAGGAGGGGUUAGGGAGCUUGGUUUGUAAAACAUGUCAAAAUACAAAUGUACCUGUCUUGUCAUCCCAGAAAGUUCUAUUUAAUGUUUCCAAUGAAAGAUGGAAUAAAACAAACUGUCUUUACACAAAAAAACAAAUUGUCAAUUGUAUAUUUGAAAAGUGUAGAAGCAGCUGAGAAUCUUGUUGCUAGUAAGUUCAUCAGUUCCUGUGGUCGCCACCAGAUGGCAGCCUCGCGCCAGGCUAAGCUUUUUUUGUUAUUGUUCUGCAGCUUAUGUACUGAAAUAAAACGGUGGACAAACAUUUGGA